GGUCCUGAGAUGAUAGUGACACUGACAGUUAUGGUGGCGAUUCUCAUCUCCACAAAUAAAACAGGAAGUGUGAGAGACAUAGAGCUUCAGGUGAAACCUCGGUAAAGACUCUUGAAGCGGCCGUUUCACCACGUGAGGCUCUGAUCAUCCCACCAGCCGGAGGUGAAGUGUCUUUGUGUCUGUCAGGUGGCGCUGUCCAGUUUUGUCCCCAUCGUGUCCAACAUAAUGGCUUCCUGUCAGGAGUUUGAAGUGACCGUUCACACCUCACCUGGCCCCACCUGUGGAACCUUCAGCCACCUGUGGCUCAGCCUGAUUGGCUCUGAGGGCGAAACUCCGCCCAUCCGUGUGACCGACGGUAACAGUCAUCUCCUGCCAGGAUCAGUGUGUCCAGUCCGGGUUCAGGCCAGCAGUCCUCUGGGUCGCCUGAUUCUGGUUCGGCUCCGCCUCGAGGUUCAGACCAGAUUUCCAAACCUGGACUGGCACUGCAGCAGAGUGGAGGUGUGGAGGGUGUCUAAAGGUCAGGGGUCAGACUCAGAAACACAGGUGUUCCUGUGCGACAGGUGGCUGCGACCAGCAGAUGGCGACGUGGAGCUCCGGAGUGGAAAGUUGUGUUUGCUGGAGGAGGAGACAGAAGAGAAGUUGAAGCAGCAGAGGCUCAGACAGCUGCAACAUCAGCAGCAGCUCAUCAGGUGGCGAAUCUUCGUUGGCGGCGCUCCGCAGUGCGUUGAUGUGAACAGUCUGUCUGAACUCGGGCCAAACCUUCUUUACACGCAGAAGAGUCCGGCCACUAACCUGUACUAUCUGAACGGCUUCACCACCCGAGUCGAGUCCUGGAAGAGUUUUUCAGAGCUGGAGAUGAUUUUCACCUACAGUGCACAACAGAACGACAUCGCCAGGUUCGUUAAGGCUCAUUGGAUGGAGGAUUGGUAUUUUGGCUACCAGUGUCUGAACGGCAGCAACCCUCUCAUGCUGCGUGAGACCCGCCACCUCCCUCCAAACCUGUCCGUCACCUCUGACAUGCUCCGCCCCUUCCUGCCUGAAGGCUGCUCCCUCGAAAACGAGCUACAGAAAGGCAACAUUUACCUGUUGGACUACGAGGUUCUAGACGGUGUUCCAGCCAAUGUGAUCAAUGAAAAGCAGACGUAUCUGUCCGCCCCGCUGUGCCUUCUCCACCUGAACCAGCAAGGGCAGCUGCUCCCCAUCGCCAUCCAGCUGCAGCAGAAACCUGGCCCUCAGAACCCGGUCUUCCUGCCCUCUGACUCCGGCUACGAUUGGCUGUUGGCUAAGAUGUGGGUUCACAGUGCGGACUUCCAGUGUCACCAGUUGAUCUCACAUUACCUGCGGACUCACAUGAUGGCAGAGCUGUGCUGCGUGGCCACGCUGCGGCAGCUCCCAGAUGCACACCCGGUGCACCAGCUGCUACUGCCGCACGUCAAGACAUCUUUAAAGAUAAACGUUGGGGCCAGAGCGUCGCUGCUGGCCUCCAAAGGGCUGUUUGAUCAGGCUGUCGGUUCUGGUCUGGAGACGUUACCCGUUCUCCUCUCCAGGGCAUCAGCCAAGAUUUCCUAUCGAACCCUGUGCGUCCCCGAAGACCUGAGCGACCGCGGUUUGGACAAACUGCCGCAGAGCUUCUACGCCCAGGACGCUCUGAGGAUCUGGGACGCAGUGCACAGUUUUGUAACCAGAUGGGUGGAUCUGUAUUACCAUGGAGACGACGCGGUGCAGCGUGACCCUGAGCUCCAUUGUUGGCUCACAGACAUCAACACACACGGCUUCAGUAACGGUUUCCCUCAGCGCUUUCACACCAGAGCGGAAGUGGCCAAGUUUGUCACCGCGCUCAUCUACUCCUGCUCAGCUCUGCACGCUGCCGUCAACUUCUCCCAGCUGGACUUUGCCUUCUGGGUGCCAAACUGUCCCGUCGCCAUGUUGCGUCCUCCUCCGCAGGCCAAAUGCGCCGUCACAGAGGAUGACAUCAUGUCCUUCCUGCCAGAUGUGAACACGACGUGCCGCGUCCUGAUGGCGCUGAACGGGCUGUCGCAGCCAGCCAUCAACUUUGUUCCUCUCUGUCACUACAAGGAGGCUAUCUUUAGGGACGACGCCCACCACAGGCUGUUGGAGGAGGUGCAGGCACAGCUCCGGGCCAUCUCUGAAGCCAUCGCAGAGCGUAACAGCCAGCUGGAGCUGCCGUAUCCGUACCUGAGCCCCGAGCGCAUCGAGAACAGCGUGGCCAUUUAGUAACUGUCAUCGCCCUCACCUGCGAUCAUGUGAUGGAGUAAUCGUUUCUGCUGGGAUACUUCAAACCGCAACAUUUUUCAUGUGUUAACUUUUUUUUUUCGAGCUGACUGUAACGCACCUUAAACUCAAAUGUUCUCCGACGCUGAAAUUAAUGUCUUGCUUUGUGAGCUCA